AUAACAAAGACAACCUCAAUAGAUUCUUGAGAGAGAAAUGGAAUCUCAAAUCCUAAAAUCCUCACUAACCCUUUUGAUCUUCUUCUUCAUUAUUUUAACUACAUUCACCCCCUCCGCCGUGUCUUCUUCUUCCUCCACUGUCCGGCCGGUACAACCACACAUCAGAAAGGCGUGCAAGCCAACGCCAUAUCCUCGCCUUUGCGAGACUGCACUUUCCUUAUACGCUUCACAAACCAAAAGAAACCAGCAAGAACUAUGCAGGGCGGCCAUGGUUUCUUCUCUCAAAGCUGCACAAAACGCCACCUCCAUCAUCUCCAAGCUCUCCCGUCGGAAGAUGUCAGCCUACGAAGCCGAAGUCAUCGGUGAUUGUAUCGAUAAUCUCAAGGACUCUGUUGACGAGCUCCGUCGGGCAUCAACUGCCAUCAAAAGCUUGAGUCGUUCUAAGGAUGUGGAUUUUCAGUUGAAUAGUAUAAAGACAUGGAUGAGUGCAGCACAGACCGACGUUAUAACAUGCACGGAUGGAUUGAGCGGGGGCUCCGGGUGGAAGGUGAGCAAGAUGUUGAAGAAAGAUGUGAAGAAUUGUAGCAUAAAUGUGGUAAGGCAGAUUAGUAAUGCCUUAUUUCUCAUCAACAACUUUAACUACAAAUGAAACUCAAUCGACACCCUUGUAGUUCCAGCUUCCAUUUCAAAGUAUAAUAUAUAUAUAUGGCUUCAAUUUUGUGUGUUA